ACCAAAAAAAAUUAUGACGCAUUAAAAUAAUUUCUUUCAGACAUUUGUCCCCUCUUAUCGUCAUAUGACUAAGCAAAUUACAAUUAAGGCACGCGAAGUGCGGCCAACACAUUGACCAAGCAACACGUGGAGGGAAGGCAGAUAUGGCCUCCUUCUAUAACGGUCUGAAUAACUGCCACGUUGACCCGAAAGGCGCCACGUUGAGAAACCAGUCCGAAGCCCAAACAUCUCUCCGAUUUUUCACAAGAGAAGAAGAAGCAAACGUUUUGCAGUCAGUGGCGCAUUUAUACAAACACCUCAUACUCAUAGGCUUAUAAUAAGACGUUCGAAUAUCUCAUGGUCCCAUACAUCCGUGCUUGUUAAUUUUCUCAAAUCUCAACUGGGUUUUUCACAUUCUCUGUAACCCAAAAAAUAUUGAGUUGUAAAAAUGGGGAAGAGAGGAGUGUUUUUGUUUUUGUUGUUGGCGUUGUGGCUGGCUAUGUCUGCAGGGACUUGGGGACAGGACGCCAAGGAGACGCUGAACUUGGCUGCUGGAACAGCCCAGCACAAAACGCACGAGACCUUCAAAGCUGCCAAGGAAAACACCGACUCGUGGGUUGAUCGUACCUUCGACAAAAUCGCAGAGGGGUUAGGAUUCGGCCAGGAAAAUGCAAAAGAGAAGGCUAAGAAUAUGGGGGACAAAGCUGGGGAUGCAGCCUCUGUGGCUACAGAAAGAUUAAGAAUGAGCACAUUUGGAUCUUGUAAUUAUUUAUUACUACCUUAUUCUUUCACAGAUGAAGUAAUUAAUAAGUCAAUUAGUUCUUCAAACAAGUAUUUGAUUUCAUGCUUCUGGGUUUUACUUUAUGUAUUCUCAACAUAUGCUUCUCUGAUUUCCCAAAUGGCAGCGGACACCGAUUCUGUUCAUGACAACUUUGAUCCCUCGAUAAGGAUGCCCACUGAUACAAUUGACAAUGCCAAAGAGACCGUGACAAGGGCAAUGGGUUCUGGAAUGGAUAGAGCAGCAAAUGCCUACGAUGAAGCAAAUAAUACAAUGAAUAGGGCUACAGGCGCGGCUUCUGAUAAGGCUUAUGAUGCAAUGGAAUAUGGAAAAGACAGAACUGCCAAUGCCUAUGAUGGAGCCAAGGAGGGAGUGAACAUGGCAUCCAAUAAGGACUACGACGCCAAAGAGACGGUGAGAGGGGCAAUGGGUUCUGGAAUGGACAGAGCAGGGUUUAUGUUGAAGGAGCAGGGUUUAUCAGUCCAUUCUGCUACUUCUAAACCUCCCCAUAUAAACUGGCAAGGAACCUAGUCUGCACAAUGAGAGGUAGCCCUCUCCCAUCCAAUAAACCGGCUUAACCUUGGUGUAGACAAGAUUCAACCUCUUGUGUGACCACAAGACACAUCCUAACUAACCAGUUGGUACCUUCCAGAAAUGCUACUUUAUAGCUUUGUAGAAAUCAUUGCACUGCAACCUUUCUAUUUCUUGUGUCCAAUUACACAGGUGGAUGGAUGAUAAGUUUCAGUCUCUCUUAAUGAUGAUGUCAAGUUAAUCAAGAAGGUUCUAGAGUUAUAUGGGGUUAUAUCAACCGGAUACUGGGGCAGCCAUCUCUGAUUCGAGAAUCAUCCAUUGCAAGAUUUCCAGGUUCAGAGAUAAUAUCUAAAGCAAAGAAUAA